ACUAACGUUUAUAUAAAAUCUUUCCCAUUCUAAUAUGAAUUCGUCACUGGAAUUUCUAUUCACGAAAACUAAAGUUUUUCGUAUUAUUUGAGCUUUGGCAACUUUGUAAACUUUUAUUUGAUAGGAGGAGGGGCGAGACAGUUAUAAAUUUCAGUUUUUGUCACUUUUGUUUUUACUGCUGGGAUGAAAAUAGAGAGCAAUAUUUUGUUGAAUAUUAAGUUUCAAAGCUCUUCGAUGCGGAUGGAUCAACAAUUCAAGUUGAGUUGUACCUUUUGAUUCUAUAGGUAUUGGUUAUAAAAACAAAUUCUCAAUCCCGUUCCCUAUACAGAACUCUUGUGUCCUUGGUACUUGACUUAUUUCUGAAUUCAUUAUAUUUUCAUGUUGUAACUUUGGGAGCUUUCGAAGUGAAAGUUGCAAUUUCCAAUAAAAUAUUCCAAGAUUUCCCAGUGGUCGGUCGCCUGGAGUCCCAUUCCAGCAGUCCCUAUCGGUGGCCUUGAGCUCUCUCCGGGUGCUGGAAUCACCUGGAAUAGGGUACGAGUGGUUUCUGGAGAGCUUUUGGCUCUGGUAAAUCUCUGCCGCGCGACAGAGAUCAAUUCAUAAUUCACUGUGCCUGUCCGGGUGGUCUCAUCUCUGUCUCCCCGUUGAGCUCGCGCCUCGACCUCCCGAGCACCGGGCUGUGGUGCUACAGUGUGGGUCUUUGAGGGGGGCUGCUUGAUGCUUUUCGGGGUGGCCACAAGUGGGUGGCCGAGGACGUCGCUCGGUAGCGCCUGUUGCCCUGCUGUGUGUCGGGGUGGGUGGUACGCAUGCGUGCACGGGAAAAGCGCAAAAGCUCUCUCUCUCUGUCUCAGUCUCCGUGAGCAUAGUUUUCCCAGGGUAAAGACACCGAAGAGCACCCAGUUGAUGACGAGACCUUUGAGGCAUCGUGUGUGUGGUGGCAAAGAAAUCUGGGGGAACAGGUCUUCACCUCACUAUGAUAUCCAUUGUACAGUAUUCGCCCACACACGCGGGUCACGCACACACUCAAUCACUGUGAACAUUCGUGAACGUACCCGUCUGUGUGUCCCAGCCUGGCCCCCGGGGCUGUCUAGGCACCUCUGAAAAUUUUAGUGCGUUUCUAAAAACAAAUUUAAAAAAAAGAAACAAAAGGAUAGUGUCUGUGCGUUUUGGUCUAAGGGAAGCUCUAUAGCGCGUCGAUCAGAGAAGAAAAAAUCCCAGCCAAGACGGGGGAGGGCUGGUAACAAAGAAGCCUCCGCAACCCCCGUGGAUAUUUAUAGAAUUCAGUAUAUGUGUUCUUUUCGACAACUUUGAGAAUAGGCAGGAGGUGGCUAAAGCGACGCAAUGAGUGUUUAAAGUGUUAACAUCGGGAGCCCCAGAUUCAAAAGAAAAGGUGCAACAAAGAACUCAAAUCAGAUACUACCGUCAACCCCAUUCAAUGCAAUCAUUUUUAUCGUAGUUAAUCUAUUGGUAGUUAUUUUCUGGUGUGGAGCUCAAGGAUCAGUGUUUAGAAGGACAAUCUAAAAAAUUCUGAAGGUAUUUUUUUUUCGUGCGGGUGACAUAGUGGAAAAAAUCCUUGAGAUUUGGUGAGAAAGAAAAUUUUUAUCAAUAUAUUUUUUUUAAAUGAAUCAACUAAAAGUCUAAUUCACAAUCAUCUACACGGAGAAUAGGCGAAAAGAUAUGAUAUAGGUCCUAUAUCUUAGUUUUAUCUAUAGUGCUUAGUGACUGUAUGUUUAAAGUGAAUAAAAUAAUAUAUGUAAAAAGAUAGUUGGGAAAGUGGAGAAAAGUGGUGCUCACUUUAUACCUUUUAUCAAAACAUCUAUCGGGUGAUUUGGAGUGGAAAGGAGCCUAGGGCUCAAACGACAUAGAAAACCAGGAGGAGAAAGGUGAAAAGCAAGUUCAACAUAUUGAAGUUGGUUUGAAGGGUGGUACAAUUACCAAUUUUUGGUUUGAGGGUUUGGAGCGCGCGGUGGCAAAAAAGAAUAUCAAACCGAUGAUAUCAAAAGCUCUCUCUUGCUCUCUUGUCUAGGGAUAUCCCAUCAUCCUAUACAAGUGCUGUAUAUAGAUUUGUAUUGUGGUGCGCAACCAGUGUGUUACAAUCAUUUUCUUCUUUUUCCGCUCCCCCUCAAACCCAAUCCUCACCACCCACCCCCAACAACCCCAUUCCACCACAAGCGACAAUAUACUUUGGUUGGAGAGAAUUCCGGGUGAGGAGGACUUACUGAAUGACGAGAGAGAGCGCAUAUCCUUGAAUCUCAUCCAGUAUGUGUGCAUCCUGAGAGUGAGAGAGAGGAAGUGCCAAGGGUGAGAGUUCAGUGAGUGGAAGGACACUGCCGUGUCAGGACAUAUGCCAAAUUGUUGGCUAACACCCGUCACCAAGUGAAUAAUCACCCACUGACCGUGGGGGGCUGAGCUGGGGACAACGGAACAAGGCGCAUCAAAUGGUCGAUAAAUAUUCGAAAGAACCGUGGAAAGUUUGUGCUCCUGGAAGCGCGACAGAGACAAUUAAUCAAAUGAUGUGCUUUUAACGCGAGCUUUUUCACACAUACACAACAACACAUAUACACAUAAACAACCAGCAACAGGAGGACGGAGAAAAAAAAAGAGGAGUCCACACCAGAAGCAUUGGAGACACUGAGACAUUUUCCUACCAUCACGGUGUGGUUCUUGUGGAAGAGACACCCCCAUCCGAAGGACAUUUGUCAGAAGUCCCCCAGGAAAGCCUCGAGCUGGUGACAAAGAAUCCCCGCAGACACAACGGAUUGGCCUGAAAUUUGAGCAAAGAUGCUGCCGACUAAUGUUAUGUCCUUCAUGAAGAAGAUGGUGGCGACGGAUGAGGCUCAGACGCAAUCAGCCCAGGAGUCGACAGGGACGUUUGGUAAAUUCAAGCAAACCCUGUCGACUUCUCUGCUUACGGCGCAGGACAAAGUACACAAAAUGUCUCCAAGACCGUCCCUUGUGCCAGAGCCCGAUCCUCAGCCUGCCCCAGCACCCCCGGAACCCACGCAUUCCCAAAGCUCGGACAAAGGGGACUCCUCGAAGCCACCUGGUAGGUCGGGCGCCUGCAGAGUAUGCCUUAAGUCCUUCAAACCAGAUGAAUACAGCAAGACGUGCUGUGAGUGUCAGCAACGCGUCUGUGAGGACUGUGCCAGCUACAGCAAAACAGAGGAGGACAAGGAUGUGCGCACUUGGAGAUGCAGUGUCUGUCGCAGGAAAAUGUCUUCACGAGUCUGUAUCCCCCAAGAUUCCACGGAUUCGAUGCUAGAAGUGCCAAUACUGGAAGUUCUUGUGCGUCGGCACAGUGACGCAAAACUGGGCUCAACAACAACCCUGGGACCUGAAAAUGGGAUUGGUUUGGCACCACCACGAAGCCCGGAACUCAGACGACAUUCAGAUGUAUCACCAGCUUCACUCAAGGAACUCGAAAAGCUGAAAGGCUCAAAGACACCAAACAACAGGGACAGCGAGUGGAGACGGGGACGAAGUGUGGCUCCUAGUCGGUCGUCAAGUCCUCCCAGGAGGGGUGAAUUUGACAUCCCGCCUUCGAAGCUGAACUCCCGAAGAGCAUCCCGAGUUCCUGUACGUCAGCACAGCUAUGACGACGACGUGAAAAACUCCUCCAUGGGCAAUGUAAGCACCAUCGAACCUGGCCUCGGGAUACCUUCGCCCAUGCCAAGACGAGCUUCUGCAUACGAUGUUUUUGCUCCGGGAAUUUUGGCCCAAGCAGCUCAGGCUGCCACCAAAAAUGUACCACCAGAUAGGAUUUCAUCCCGUAGAUCAUCUUUUCGGGUACCACCGCCUGAUGAGCUUAUUCAGAGUGAUACGAUUCAGAGUCCGGAUAAGGGAAGUGCUACCCUUGGAGUGGAUGAUUCAGAGAGACGAACACGUCGCAGAGGAUCUCAACUCCCGGAUAUCUCAGCACUUCAGAACAGAAGUGCAAAUCCUCUCCAGCUUCCGGCGCCGUCUUAUCAGGCCCCUACUCUGGAGGACCUCGAGGCCCCACGGCGUCAAACAUCGAUGGACGGCGAGGCUAUCAAGAUUGUGAUCCAUGAUGUGGAUUCAGGUCAAGCGUGUGCUUCCAAAAGGCGUGUGGUUUUACGUAGAGAUCCAUCUGAUAAAGCGCAUCGAACUCGAGGUUUCGGGAUGAGGGUUGUUGGUGGUAAAACAGGGGCUGAUGGUCGGCUCUUUGCCUAUAUUGUCUGGACUGUUCCUGGUGGUCCGGCAGAAAAAGCAGGAUUGUUGCAAGGCGAUAAGAUCCUCGAAUGGAAUGGCUACUCUCUAAUUGAUCGAAGCUUCGAGGAAGUGUGUGCAGUGAUGGAUCGUACGGAGGAUGUGGUGGAUUUGCUUGUGGAGCAUGCCACUGACUAUCGAAUAUGUGAUUUGCUGGAGGAUGGUGCAAGGGACACAGGCCUCAAUCAGGCGGUGCCAUCCAAAUCAUCCGCCGAAGUGUCCCUAGGCCUGAUUCCAGAUAAUGAGUCGACGGACAAAUCACCGUCAUCCCCAACUAGACGAAAACUUCCAAAAACUCCGGAGCAAAUAAUGCGGGAGAGUCAGGUGUCGGGACGUGUUCAGUUGCAAGUUUGGUAUCAUGGAGAACGGAAGGAGUUGGUGGUGUCCCUGAUGGCGGCUGAUGACUUGGCGCCUCGGGAUGAAUUCUGUGGAUUUGGAAGCUUGCCUGAGGCUUACGCAAAAGUUCGAAUACUCCCCAGAACGAGCGACGGCUAUAUCGCCCAGACAGAGGUUUCUGCUCCCACGCAGAACCCCAUCUGGAACGCUACGCUAACGUUCGCUUCCAUUACUGAGAAGGAGCUCACGGGGCGAGUCCUGGAGAUCGCCCUGUGGGAUCUUAUUCCGUACGGCGAGAGUGUCUUCCUGGGUGAAUGCAGUGUAGACAUUGAGAAGGCCUUCCUCGAAGACCGAGCUAUUUGGUAUCGUCUGCAGGAUCCCAAGCACAUCAGAGCCUCCAUGUAUGGUAGCUCAAGCAAUAUCAACAGGAGCGCCUUUGCGUCUCCCAGGGGCUCCAUUUGUGGGGAUUUACAGCGAUUGCACCAUCGCAGUGCAGCCGGAAGUAGGGACAGUAUCAAGAGAUCUGUGUCGGAAGAUGUGGACUACAUUGGGAGUUCUUUUCUGCAUCCCAAUCAUGCUUGGGUACCGGGCUCAAGGAGGGGAUCAUCACAGAGUGAAACACUUGAAGUGGAAGUUUAUCAGCUGGUUAAGGAUUUUUCCAAGAGUUUGCCAGGUUCGAGGAGAUCUUCGUUUCAGGAUAGAGAUGGAAAUCCACUGCCCGAGUCUGAGUCGCAUCACUCAUCCCAUGGGCAUUUGAGGACCAGCAGAAGAUCAUCAUCUGUACACCAUUACGACCCUGAAGAUCUUAUUCUCGAAGGUCGCAAUGUGCGGUACACAGUGGAUAAGUACGGUGCGUCGAAGAGCAUCAAACAGAGUCGGAUGUACUUCGACAGAUCGAAAUAGUUUGAAAUGACAGCGAAAUUCAAUCAAUUUAUCGACUCCAAAACGACUCUUAUAAGAAUGGAAACCCCAUAGAAAAAAAGAAACAGUAGAUGUUAGAUGACAGGUCAUUAGAUAGACCUAAUAUAAAUAUACAUAGUUUCUUAGGCAACAUUACUCAAUAACAUCAAUAGGGAUAAUAAUUCAAUGUGACUCACACUAAAAGAAUAAAACUUGAUGGCAAAGCGACAAUCUAACGUAGUGACUCCUAAAUUUUAAGGACUAUCCAUUUUAUCUCUAAUUUCAAUCAUCUUUACGGUCUCUACCUCCUUUUUCCGCCUAAAAAUCAUCCUUUUCUUCUUUUGUGUGCCCAUGAAAAAGGAGGUUUUGAGAUACCUUUUUAUUUGGUAGCAAAAAUUUAUUGAAAAAUUGUAACUUACGAAUUUUGAGAAAGAAGAAAAAAACGAUAUCUUUCAUAAGACUCUCUUCGACAUAUCAAACUAAGGCGAGUUGUUUGUGAGGAUUUGUUAGCAAAACAAAAAAAAAAAGACAAAACAGCAAACUAAUAAAAAAGGCCCUUACGUUAUUUUAAUAACACACUCUGUGCUAAAUUUUUGGCCUUCAUAAGUUACUCCAGUACAUCAUAAAUUCUUCGACCUGCGCCCUAAACUCAUGUGGUGUUGAAUAUCAACGGAAUAUAUAAUCAUGACCUUGCAUUGAAAAUAAUUUAUUUAAAUUAAAGAGAAAUUCGGUGUAUGACUCUAAAUGAUUUGCUUUACACCGAACCUGAUAUUUCACAUAAUAUUUGCAUAGGGUGUGCUUUUUGCGAUUUUAGAACUUUCCAGAUUUAUUUAUUUAAUUUUUGUUGAACACACAACUAUGCUCUUUAAAAAAAAAAGAAUUGUAAAUAUAUUUCGCACAAGCAAAUAGCAAUAACUUUAUCUUGACAUCCUUUAUUGAUAUUGUUUUUGAUUUUAGGGGAAUACAAAUCCCAGUCACGCCCUUCAAAAGAUUCGUGCUCCUUCUGAUCCUUUUGUUUCAUUGAAAGAUGAAGUGGACGUUAGUUUAUUACUAAGCACGUAAUCCUUAACAAUAUUUUCUAAAUUUUCAAGUAAUAAAAAACGUUGACCUACAACUCCAAUUCCUUUCUCAAAUCAUUGUUGAACCACAGUUUUUAAUUGGAUAGCCAAACCGAAAGAAACCAAAUUUUGAAAUGGGAACAGUAAGGGGUAAUUCAUCGCAGAGAACUCAAACCAAUAUUAUGGGGCACUCAAUAAAUCCAUUUGGAACGGGAACUCACGGGGAUAUUUUUUUUAAACUGAAAACAUAUGGGAAAUUUGGAGAACUAUUGGGAAUCAUGCAAUCAUCAACAUGGAAUCUUGAAAAAUAGAAACACUGUAGUUCUGGAACGAAUACGGAUUAUGUUUAAAGCCCAGGAAAAAAAUAAUAAUAAAUUAAUUGAUUAAUAAAUUUUCUUUGUUACUGAUCAAUUUAUUGGCUUAAUGUUAUUAUAAUGAUCUAAAGAAAA